GGUGGUUCAGUUUCGUCGUGUUGCGAGUAUGAUGGUAUAUUCGUUUUUUUGGCAAUAAUAAAGAUUAAGAAUAACUAUAUGAUGAAUGCUGAUUUAAGUUAAUGAUUUAUGGAUAAGUAAUUUUCGUGUCGUGUCAGUAUAAGUUGUGCCUUUGCCAAGUGAACCGUUGGUAGUUAUCUCAGAUCGACUCUGAGAGGAAGAUGACGGUUUUGAUCUGCGAUAUUGUUUUGGUUUUCGCAUAAUAGUGAUAGUUUUUCAAGAUGACUACAACAAAAUCUUCUAAAGUAUCUUUAAAACACAUUCAAGUGCCUAAAGCUUUGCAAGAUGGAGAGAAGUUCAUUAAGUGGGAUGAGGAUUCAGGGACCGGCCUCCCAGUUACAUUACGAGUGGAUCCCAAGGGUUUCUAUUUAUAUUGGACAGAUCAGAAUAUGGAGGUGGAAAUGCUGGAUAUAGCAACCAUCAGAGAUGUCAGAACCGGGGUCUAUGCUAAACUACCAAAGGAUCCUAAAAUAAGGAACGUGGUGUUGAUCGGCUCUCAGGGUUCGUUGGAAGAGAAGACGGUGACCGUUUGUCAUGGGGUGGACUUCGUGAAUGUUACCUUCGUCAACUUCUGCUGCACCAGAAAGGAAAUAGCUCAGAUGUGGACCGAUGAGUUGUUCGCGUUAGCGUACAAUCUGAACCAGUUCAACAAUCCCACCAUCAAGUUCCUGGAGAAACUGCACACCAAGAUAGUCCUGAAGGCUGAUAAGUCUGGCAAGAUACUUGUCAAAAACAUUGUCCGUCUGUUCGCACAAAACAAAGAAGACAAGAAGAGAGUGGAGAAGGCGCUCAGCGAAUCCGGUCUGCCGACUGGUAAGAACGACACCAUCAGUCAAACAAAGUUCCAGUUCGAGGAUUUCUUCUCUUUCUACAAGAGUCUCACCCAACGAACCGAGGUCCAGAAGAUUUUUAAUAAUCUCACCGGUGGUAAAGCCCACUUGUCAGCCAACCAGUUGGUGGAUUUCUUGAACGAGGUCCAAAGGGAUCCCAGGCUGAACGAGAUCCUUCAUCCAUACGCCGACAUCCAAAGAGCCAAAGACCUUAUAAAGGUCCACGAGUAUAAUAAAUAUCAUCAGCAGAGGUCGCAAUUGACUUUUGAUGGGUUUUUAAGGUUCCUCAUGUCGGAGGACAAUCCUAUAGUGGCUCCGAAUAAAUUGGACCUCUGCGAUGACAUGGACCAACCCUUGGCGCACUACUUCAUCAACAGUUCCCAUAACACGUACCUCACUGGACACCAGAUAACUGGCAAAUCCAGCGUUGAGAUCUAUCGCCAGGGACUUUUGGCUGGGUGCAGGUGUGUAGAGCUGGACUUCUGGAACGGCAGGACGGAGGAGCCGGUGAUCGUUCACGGUUAUACAUUUGUACCUGACAUAAGUGCCAAGGAGGUGCUGGAGGCUAUAGCGGAGAGCGCUUUCAAGACCUCCGAUUAUCCUGUGAUACUCAGCUUCGAGAACCACUGUAACCCUCGCCAGCAGGCCAAGAUAGCCAACUACUGCAGAGACAUCUUCGGUGACAUGCUGCUCGAUAAACCCUUAGAUUCACACCAAUUGGAACCAGGAGGAGAGCUCCCACCACCGAAUCUAUUGAAGAAUAAGAUUAUAAUAAAGAACAAGAAGAAACAUCAUCAUCAUCACAAGAAGGAAGAUGCGAGGGGUUCAGAGAAAGACGCGCUGCCUCAGGGCAACGGAGAGGUGGCUCAUGUGUCGGUAUGUAAGGAAUCUUCGUCCUCGGAGUCAUCAGAGUCUUCCUCGGAGGAGGAAGGCGGGGAGGAGGCUUGCGAGCCGGGGGGUGAAGGGGAGGGGGCUGGAGGGGAACCGGCCAGGGAGACCCACGCGGCGGCUGAGAUUUCAGCGCUCGUGAACUACGUACAGCCAGUGCAUUUCUCAUCAUUUGAAAAUGCUGAGAAAAAGAAUCGCUUCUACGAGAUGUCUUCGUUCGACGAGAAACAAGCCACGACCCUGCUGAAGGAGAAGCCGAUAGAGUUCGUCAACUACAACAAGCACCAGCUGUCCCGCGUGUACCCGGCCGGCACGCGCUUCGACUCGUCUAACUUUAUGCCGCAGGUGUUCUGGAACGCUGGCUGCCAGCUGGUCGCUCUCAACUAUCAGACCUUAGACCUGGCGAUGCAGCUGAAUCUUGGCACCUUCGAGUACAACAGACGCUGUGGAUAUCUCCUGAAGCCUGAGUUCAUGAGGAGGAAGGAUCGGCGCUUGGACCCGUUCGCUGAGAGUACAGUGGAUGGCAUCAUAGCGGGUUCCCUGUCCGUGGCCGUGAUCUCCGGCCAGCUGCUGACUGAACGUCGCACGGGGACCUACGUGGAGGUGGACAUGUUCGGACUGCCGGCGGACACCGUGAGGAAGAAGUACAGGACGAGGACCGUCCCCAACAACGGCAUCAAUCCCGUCUAUGAUGACGAGCCGUUCGUCUUCAAGAAGGUGGUACUGCCUGAGCUGGCGAUGGUACGUAUCGCGGCUCACGAGGAAGGCGGUAGGCUCGUGGGACAUCGCGUCCUGCCUGUGUUGGGCCUUUGCCCUGGAUAUAGACACGUAGGGCUUCGGACCGAGCUAGGGCUGCCGCUACCCGCCAGUCUGUUGUUGCAUGUGCAAGUAAAGGAUUAUGUUCCCGGUCGUCACAGCGAGCUCGCGAAAGCUUUAGAGAAUCCAAUCAAGUAUCAGACGGAUAUGGAACGACGAGCUCACCAGCUGGCCGUACUCACAGAUGACACGGAAGAACCGCGAGCGGAGGCGCCGCCCCCGCGACCGACACGCGUUCUCGGCAUCGGAAACAAAAAUGUCGAUGGUAGUCCCAUCAAAACUGCUGUCGAGAAAAAGGACAAUGAAAUAGCGACUGUAGCGACGGAACCCGAAAAAAUACUACCAGAGGAGAGCGAAAGUAAAUUCAACGGCGGCAACGAAACGCAGGAAGAUAUAAACAAGACGUUGGAGGAGUUGCUGAAUAGCAAGAUAGUUAAGGAGAAGAAGGCGGACUUAGCGAGGAAACUGGACGCGCUGAGGAGGAAGAACACCAAGCCUCGACCAGUCGCCGCCAAGUUCUUUGUGAAGAGACUAUCCACGAGGAACAUGGCGGAGGAGACGGAGGAUGGUGGCGGAGCUGAAGCGGAAAGAGAGCUGCGGCUGCGCUACCACCACGCCAUAUACGCUGCUCUGGACAAACAGCUGAGGCUGGAUCACCACCACCAGAUGAAACACCUCACCGAGUCGUUGGACCUCCAAAAGAAGGAGAUAUUGAAUCGGUUGGCGAGUUCCAGGAGGGAGGAUGUGAAGACACUGGCGAAGAGUGCGCGGGACAAGGACGAACUACUGAGGAGGAAGAGGGAGAUAGACUCAGAGUCCGUGAACCGCGGCGUGACGGAAUGCUCCCGCCUGGAGAAAGCACACAAGCUGAGCUGCGAACAGCUCUUACACGCACACGAGAGACUGCGCGCUGCGCUGCUCAAACAUCGCGACCAGGAGUUGCAGGAGUUGAAGCAGCUGUGUGGCGGCUAGUCCGCCGGCCCUCGCCCCCGGCCUUCGCCCCCUCCCCAGAACAUCUGUGCGCCAGUGCGUGUUAAUUUCCUUUAGGUAUCUGUGAUAUUACCUCCUAAGGAGCUAAGCGGGUAACCUCUGGCCUCCGCAAUCUCAUAGUUUUAGUUUCGUUCUAUAGCGUUAGUGCCGAGUGACGUCAUCGGAGCCCCCAAACAUAACUCGCUGUUGCAUUUAACUUUACACCCGUCGUCUGAUAUGAAUCAACAUGGACGCGCUAGUCAAUGGGACAUGAAAAGUAUUUUAGCACAAAUAAAACACAUACUACCCUCACCUACUAGCAGGUCGCCCUGUACGAGGAUCGGUAACUUGCAAACAUACCGUUUCAAAGCACGAGAGGUAUAUAAAGACAUGAUCUUAAAUCGUGAUAAAUAUACCGUCGAAACGUUAGUUUGACUCGAUGUCACAGACUCGUACUAGGGAUACAGACUAUAAAUACAGCCACACCCACAAGACUAAAACAGUAUAACAGAAUCGUGUGAACUGAACGCACACGCCUGAAGCACAAAUAUUAUACAGUUGAAUGCUGUCUACGGUUUUCAUUUCCCCAUAUAUGUUAGUUCCCACACAGGUGAUCGCCAGCCAACAUUCCACUGUGAGUCUAGUCGUUCAACAGAUCUGAGUGAGACGAGUGAUUUAUGUUAAGACAACCGUUUGUGUUAAACCCUAAGCCAGCCACGGACCGAUCUCGUUUGUUUGUCGAAGGGAAUAUUUAAUGAUGAUGUUGCUGUUUAUAUGAUUGCUCAAUCGCUUUAACUCGCGACGCGGCGUCGCGGCGCUGCCGUCACAUUUUAAUUUAUGUCUUAAAAUAAUAUUUCUAUGGAGGACGUUUAUCAUAUUAAUAUAUAUUGUUUUCAGUACAUACGUUUGAUAUAUUUAAAAUAUGGCGUCACGUACUUAAAUAAUUAUAGUUUCUCUUCAAUGUUAGCGUCUACGCGGUUUCCCUUCUGUUUAGAUUUAAGGCAUUAGUUAGUGAAGUUCCGUUGGAUGUUUUCGAUCCGUUCGUUCGUUCGAUGAGCCUGGCGGGGCUGAGCUCGGCGGAACUACACUAGCCGAGUGCGUCGUCGAGACCGUGCAAUAACGAAUGAUGAAUAAAUCGAUUAUUGGUAAUCGAUUCCAUCACAAUCCAAGUGCCAUGCCGUUGAAGACCUUCGUACGUUAGGACUUUUCCAAUGUAUAGUAGAUGAAUAAAGUUUUUUAUAAAUAUUUCUCGUGCCGUCGGAUCUGUUAUUUUUUAAACGUAACGUUUUGUACACCUUAAGAAGCCACGAAUCAAAACAGGGAAUCUCUUACUAUACAUCUCUAUAGAAACACGUUUGUAAUCUGUAGCACUUAUAUAUUGUAUAGUUCGUUCGUUCUUUCUGUCGUUCUUUCGUUCACUCGUUCACUAGUUGAAUGAUGUAGGUUAAAGUAAGUCAUAGAGGAAGCCUUGUACUUGUAAGCAGUUGAUGUUUCGAUUUAGCUGAGAGUAGUUGUUGAUGCGGCCGAUAGACGAAUAUAUAGCGGAAUAAAGUUAAGUAAAUGAUGCGGCUCAUAAUGUUACUAGACAAGAAUAAUAUUCAGUUUAGAAUCAGCUGGUAGUGUUGUAAAGUUGAAGAACAUCGGUAGACAUCGGUAGUGACAGUCACGGAGGUAGUUGGUAGGUGAAUGUUAUGAGUAGUUCGCGCCACCUCUUGCCAUGUGUCACUGUAUGUAUGUCAGUUUGUUCCCAUAUACCUCAGAAUUAUUUGAAAUUUCGGCCUAAAUUAUAUGUUUAAUGAGAUACAUAUAUCCUCAAUGUAACUCGCACUCGACGAUUCCAGUUCGGUUUUGUUUUUCCUGAUAACAGCUCGUUGGAUAUAUCAAAUAAUGGCAACACUGUCAUAAUAUACAUGAGGUUUGUUCAAAAUACGCACAUGUGAUGUGAUUUAAAUAAAAUUAGUAGAAACUUCAUUGAUCCGAAUGAUCUCUUAUAGUAAGGCGCGUUCACACUGACCGCGUCUAGUACGGCUCAUGUUCUAAGGUGUAUGGAUAUCGUGACUGCUUUAUAACAUCUGUGUAAACUAGGUUGAAUCUCCACAGUUCAAGGUCGAAACUUGUAUGUCUCGUAAUUAGUGAUACCUUUGCCAAUUAGUCCCCUAAGAAUCGUAUCGUAGUGAGCAGCUUUUAUUUGCUUCUGAUAUAUUUAAUUGUAAAGAUAAUAAAAUGAUAUAUAUGGACUAAGAAUUGAUACUUUUUUCUAUAUAAAUAUAUUUUUUCUCGUUAAAACGUGGUAGGCAUAUGGUAUAUGGUUAUAAAACUAUAUUUCAACCCUGGGAACGUCUUUAGGUCCGAGUUCAGAUUCUAACUUAGCACCAUGAUACACGAUUUCUGAACGAAGAUACGCCAAACUGUCGGUGUUUAAGUUGUUGAUCAGAACCCGUGCUAAGGACAUAAUUUUUCUUAUAUUUUCUCUAACAUAAGAGCAAUAUUGAAUUUAAAUUGAAAAUACAAUGACGCGAUAAGGAUUCGAACUAGCGACUUGUGCGCUCAGUGCGGGUUAGCGUCGGCACCCUACAUACUACAUGAACUGGUUUUCAUUAAUAAAAUACGCACAUAAUAUUUAUUUAGGUCAUUGAAUGAAAAACGGGAGACGCUUGGUAUGUAGUGUGACGUGCAAACAUGUGCUAGGCACACUGGAAUACGUUUGUUCUCGAUGACUUAUCAUUGUAUGUCAUCCGUACAAAUAUUGUUAUGUGAAGUUUAAUUUUAUUUAUUUAUUAUCUGAAAACUGUGUAACUGUACCGCGAAAACUAACUUUUUAUAAAAAGAAAAAUGUUAAUUUGCACAAAAAUAUAAAUAAAAUUAUAAUAAGUAAGUUAAAAGAGUCGGUGAAUUUGUAAGCAUUUGGUAAAAAGGUCUUUCAUCCUACUUCCUACCACAUUAAAAAUCUACUUUUGAAUCUUUUUAGAUGUUGGAAUAUAAAAACAAUUUUUUUAAUAUAUUUGGUCUCGCUAAUAUUCCCCCCUUUUUAAUACAGAUGCUGUAUUUUCAUAAAUCUACAAUAAUGAAUUUCCAUGUUAUCAAAUAUGUUAGAUUUAGUAUGAAAUGCACAUUACUGUAAUAUAGGGAGUUGGCUCCUGGCAAACGAUACAUUAGUAUAAAGGUUUUUCUAAAAGAAUGUAAGUGCAAUAAAUUUUUAAUAUAUAUAAGUAAUGUUCUUAGCGACUUUUCCUUUUAAAUGUUCGUCUUCAAAAAGAAAAAAAACGUUAUCUUACCGCUUCCAUUGUUAUUUAGUAGAUGUAAGAUUUGUUCACUCCGCUUAUAUAUACGACUUUGAUUCAUAAGAGUGAGCUAAAUCAAGAUAAAUCAACAUAUAUAUAUGUAUAUGUUCCCAAUAACAGGAACAUUGAUAAUAACACUAAGCGGAGUGUAACUAGUGAUUGGCACAUUUCUUAUGAUAUACUUCUAAGUAUUUCGAAAUGGGUUGUGAGUAAGGAAGGGCUUUUGCACGUUAUAUUUAGGGAUUUUAAUAUCACGGGCCGUCUAGUUUUUAUAUUAUCUGUGGAUAUCGUCAUUCAUGUCAUCAAAUACAUGUUAUGUAACCUCAAAUAAUAACCACAGAGUAUAAAUUAAAUGGUUUGUUUUUUUUUAUCUAUAUUAUUUUUUGUCUACGCACUGUAUAGUUUAGGAUUAAUCUUUAUUAAUGCUUUGUUUUUUUAUAACGUCAAAUCGACUAACACGUUUGUCUAUCAUAUAUAUAUUUAUUUGUAAAUAAAACAUGUGUCGGAUGAUUUAUUUGUUUAUAUAUAUAUUAAUUAAUAAAAAAUCAAAUAUUCAAGGCAUGUAGUGAUAUCGUAAAGACAUCUAACACUUAACGUUAUUGAUAAAAGUCAUCUCAACUGCCAAUACAAUGUUUUUGUACUUAUUCGAAUAUAUUAUACGUUAUUUAGUUCAUAGAUUUAUUAAUUAUGUGGAGCUUUUAUUUAUUGUUUUUUUUUUUCAAUCUCGGAUUGUAUUCUGUAGUUUUUAUGAACAAGUAACUUCUGUGUAAUAUCACACUCGUGUAAUUGUUUUAGGCGAUGUUGUUUUGUUUCUUUGUUUGUUAUUCUCCUGGACGGCUCUCACUCUGUAUAGUUCUAGUCAUUUUUAAUUCCUGUGUUGUAUGAAUCCUCGUAUGCCAGCGUCCGUAGACAAUAUACCCAUUAUUAAUGUUACGUAUCUAUUAUAUGGAAACUUAUCUAUAAAAUUUGAUGUCUGUUC